AUGUCUGCCCAUGCUUUUGCCCUAAAAGACCUCCCAACCCCUGAGGAAUACAACAAGCGUAAAGUCGCGCUCAUCUCUGGGAUUACUGGUCAAGACGGCUCUUAUCUCACGGAACUUCUACUAUCAAAAGGUUACCAAGUCCACGGAAUUAUUCGUCGUUCCUCAAGCUUCAAUACUGGUCGUUUGCACCAUCUCUAUGAAGAUCAGCAUGAAAGGCCAAACAAGUUCAAGUUGCACUAUGGCGAUCUGAGCGACAGCACGAAUCUGGUCUACAUCAUCGCUCAAGUCCAGCCAUCGGAAAUUUACAACCUCGGGGCGCAAUCGCAUGUCAAGGUGUCAUUCGAGAUGGCCGAAUACACCGGCGAUGUCGAUGGACUGGGUACCCUUCGGCUUCUUGACGCCGUCCGCACGUGUGGCCUCGAAAAGCAUGUCCGUUUCUAUCAAGCAUCCACAUCGGAGCUCUACGGAAAGGUUGUCGAGACGCCCCAAAGCGAAACCACUCCAUUCUAUCCUCGCUCGCCCUACGGUUGCGCCAAACUUUACGCAUAUUGGAUUGUCGUCAACUACCGCGAAGCUUACGGUUUGUAUGCCUGCAACGGCAUCCUCUUCAAUCACGAAAGUCCUCGGCGAGGUCGCACAUUCGUGACACGGAAGAUCUCGCGUGCAGUAGCAGAUAUUUCACUUGGAAAGCAGGCGUGUCUCUACCUCGGAAACUUGGACGCCAAACGUGAUUGGGGUCACGCUCGUGAUUACGUCGAGGGGAUGUGGCUCAUGCUCCAACAACCCAGGGCCGAAGACUUUGUUCUCGCAACUGGUGAAACCCACCCUGUUCGCGAGUAUGUCGAGCGCGCUUUUGCUACUGUUGGAAUAGAGAUCGAGUGGUCUGGAUCUGGCGUCGAUGAGCAAGGCACCAACAAGCAGACCGGAAAAGUUGUGGUAAAAGUUGACCCCCAGUAUUUCCGUCCAGCUGAAGUCGAUCUUCUCCUUGGGACGCCGGCAAAGGCAGAACGUCUUUUGGGCUGGAAGCGCAAGGUGGAUUUCCCAUCCCUGGUGAAGGAAAUGGUGGAAGCCGAUGUCAAGGCGUCCAAGGGCAUGGUAGAAGACCAGAAUUAA